AAAUACUGGGCUAAGAAAGAACAGAAGUGGAAAGAAAUGGAAAUGCGAGAUCUCCGGCGUCUAGAAGAACUGAAGAAAUUAAUGGCUGAACAGUCGAUAAAAGAUAGAGAAAGGGUUAAAUAUAGACAAGAAUUAUUGGAAAAGCGCUUGAUGGAGAGAAAAGCAGCAGCCCUUCAAGAAGCGCAUGAAGAUGAAGAGAGAGUGCGGCGGCUGGAAGCCCUUAGGAAACAGGUGGCUGUCGUCGCUCAGUUUGAUAGUAUCAGAAUGAUGUCAGACACAAAGGCAUCGAAAGCUAGGAUGGGCAUUGAAACUGAAGAAGAAUUUAUUCUUCAAAAGCCACUCUUCACCUUGAAUACAUACAAUGAACAGCAGAUAAUUUCUGACCCUAGAAUUCGCUUUGAGUUAGCCCUUCGAGAAGCUGGACUUCAUAAAGCAGUUUAUGCCAGAGAGAUGUUACCAAAAAUCAGUCCUCAAAAACCUCCAUGAAAGGAUAUGGAGUCUUCUGUAUUUAAACUAUAGAGCUUAUCCUCAAAUCUUGCUAUAUGUAAACAAGUUUUUUCUUUGAAAACAUUUAUAUGGAUAAUAAUUACUACUUUCUAAAAUUUUAAAAAAUAUCAGGCCUAGAAAUUGUAGCAGCUAUUAAAACAACUUUGCCUUUC